GGGACUGGAGCGGAGCCCGGGAACGAGGCGGGAGGUCCCAGGGUCUCGGGUCGGGGGGGGUGGAGCCGCACUUCGUCGCCGCGGGGGUGCCGGGACUCCGGCCGCAGUGCCGCCGCCAUCACGGACUUCCUGUGGGACAAGCGCACGGGCCUCGCCGCCAGAACGGAAGAAAAGCGUUUGUGCACCAUGCCAUUCCGAUUCCAAUAACUAACUGGAAGGAGGCCAGCUUUUAGCCAAGCAGUGCUGAUACUAAUUAAAAACCAGUUAUUCUCUAUUUCCUAAGCAGGAGGGGAGGGGCAAAUGGAAAUCAGACUGCAGCUUGGGGCCUUCUGUAUUAAAAAGUUUUGAGGGGAGUUUGGCCCGUGGUGAUAGCCAGUGAGAGUUGACUAAGGCAGUUCAAGAGGUCAGACCCAAAUCCCUGGAGCCUGCCUAUAUUUGGUGUAUGCCACCGCAUGUAGAAACCAGAUGCCUCAUCCCCGAAGGUACCAUUCCUCAGAGCGAGGCAGCCGGGGGAGUUACCACGAACACUAUCGGAGCCGGAAGCAUAAGAGACGAAGAAGCCGCUCCUGGUCAAGUAGCAGUGACCGGACCCGGCGGCGCCGGCGGGAAGACAGCUACCACGUCCGUUCCCGGAGCAGCUACGAUGACCGUUCAUCGGACCGGCGGGUGUACGACCGGCGAUACUGUGGCAGCUAUAGGCGCAACGAUUACAGCCGGGACCGGGGAGAAGCGUGCUACGACCCGGACUACCGGCACUCCUAUGAGUACCGUCGGGAGGACAGCAGUUACCGCAGCCAGCGCAGCAGCCGGAGGAAGCACAGGCGGCGGAGGCGGCGCAGCCGGACGUUCAGCCGCUCGUCUUCGCAGCACAGCAGCCGGAGAGCCAAGAGUGUAGAGGACGACGCUGAGGGCCACCUCAUCUACCACGUCGGGGACUGGCUACAAGAGCGAUAUGAAAUUGUCAGCACGUUGGGAGAGGGGACCUUCGGCCGGGUUGUCCAGUGUGUCGACCAUCGCAGGGGUGGGGCUCGAGUCGCCCUGAAGAUCAUUAAGAACGUGGAAAAGUAUAAGGAAGCAGCUCGACUUGAAAUCAACGUCCUGGAGAAGAUCAACGAGAAGGACCCUGACAAUAAGAACCUCUGUGUCCAGAUGUUUGACUGGUUUGACUACCAUGGCCACAUGUGUAUCUCCUUUGAGCUCCUGGGCCUUAGCACCUUCGAUUUCCUCAAAGACAACAACUACCUGCCCUACCCCAUCCACCAAGUGCGCCACAUGGCCUUCCAGCUGUGCCAGGCCGUCAAGUUCCUCCAUGAUAACAAGCUGACACAUACGGACCUCAAGCCUGAAAAUAUUCUGUUUGUGAAUUCAGACUAUGAACUCACCUACAACCUAGAGAAGAAACGAGAUGAACGCAGCGUGAAGAGCACAGCUGUGCGGGUGGUGGACUUUGGUAGUGCCACCUUUGACCAUGAACACCACAGUACCAUCGUCUCCACUCGCCAUUACCGAGCACCAGAGGUCAUCCUCGAGUUGGGCUGGUCACAGCCUUGUGAUGUGUGGAGCAUAGGCUGCAUCAUCUUCGAGUACUAUGUUGGCUUCACCCUGUUCCAGACGCACGACAACAGAGAGCAUCUAGCCAUGAUGGAAAGGAUCUUGGGUCCUAUCCCUUCCCGGAUGAUCCGGAAGACGAGGAAGCAGAAAUACUUCUAUCGGGGCCGCCUGGAUUGGGAUGAGAACACAUCAGCAGGGCGCUACGUGCGAGAAAACUGCAAACCACUGCGGCGGUAUCUGACCUCCGAGGCAGAGGAACACCACCAGCUCUUCGAUCUGAUUGAAAGCAUGCUAGAGUAUGAACCUGCUAAGCGGCUGACCUUGGGUGAAGCCCUUCAGCAUCCUUUCUUCGCCCGCCUUCGGGCUGAGCCACCCAACACCAAGUUGUGGGACUCCAGUCGGGAUAUCAGUCGGUGACGAUCAGGCCCUGGGCCCCCCUGCGUGUCCUGCAGCAGUGGGUGUCCAGUCCAGGACACUGGUGCUUUUUUAUAUAAGAGAACAGAGCCGGAGCCAGCUCCUUCCUCCUGGCUCCCUGUAUACCUGUGAAUAUGUGAAAUAGUGUAAAUACGGAAGAACUUGUACCUACUGCUUCGUCCCCAGCCUUGUACAGAAUGCUGUUCCUUCCCACACUCUUCCCGCCGUCACCUGCCCCCUCGCUGUUGAGCUGGACAGGGCAGGAUGAGGUGACCGGGUGGCAUCUAUCCCAUGUUUUAUAAGGAAUUUUGUACAGUCUUUGUGAAAUAAAAAUGACGUGCUUCAUGCGA